AAGUAUAAAAUAAGAACAAUCUUCAAAACUUCGUCCCUUCACCGAUCUGAUCAAAAUAUGUCGCAAGAGGAGAUAGCAGCCAUGGCGAUUGAACAUGCUAUGAAGGCACUUCAUAGAAGGUCUUUGCUUGAAGAACGUGCUCAUGGUCCCGCUUUCUCGGCUCUCUCUAGGCCUAUUCUUCUUCAGGGGUCAGAGUGGAAAGAAAAAGCAGAAAAACUUGAGAUCGAACUCCAGCAGUGUUAUAAAGCUCAAUCUCGCUUAUCCGAGCAGCUUGUGGUGGAAGUAGCAGAGUCAAGAGCUUCCAAAGGCUUACUUCAGGAGAGAGAGUCCACUGUUGCAGAUCUCCAAAAUGAGCUUGCAAAAACAAGGGAGGAAAACUCACAUCUUAAAGUGCUUCUGGAAGAAAAGACAAAGGCUUUAGAAUUGCUGAUCAACGAGAACCAAGGGUUAAGGACUCAACUGGACAAGGUCACGGUCACAGCUGAGAAGGCCGAGGCUGAAAAUAAAGUGCUAAUUGACCGGUGGAUGCUGCAAAAGAUGCAAGAAGCUGAACGAAUGAAUGAGGCAAAUGCAAUUUACGAAGAUAUGCUCGAUCGGAUCAAAACAACCAGCAUAGAACAACUAGCCAGACAGCAAGUAGACGGCGUGGUUCGCCAGUUCGAAGAAGGCGCAGAAUUCUAUGUCGAGUCAGUCAUUCCUUCCACCUCCAAACACCGAAUCCCCGCCCACGAAGGUGGAUGUGCCGCCAUAUGUUUCGAAAACGGAUCAACAAGACUAAUAACCGGCGGUCAGGACCAAACAGUAAAAUUCUGGGACACAAACACAUCCGUCCUAACCCAAACUCUCCACGGCUGCCUCGGUUCCAUUCUCGAUCUCACCAUCACCCACGAUAACCGAUCCAUAAUUGCAGCCAGCAGUUCAAACAACCUAUACAUGUGGGACGUCAACUCCGGCAGAAUGCAACACACCCUAACAGGCCACACCGACAAAGCCUGCGCAGUCGAUGUUAGCAAGGGCUCGAACCGACUCCUCGUGAGUGCAGCUUACGACCGUACGAUUAAACUAUGGGACAUCCAAAGAGGAUAUUGCAUCAACACGAUUAUAUUUAGCAGUAACUGUAACGCUGUUAGUUUCUCAAUCGACGGCCGUACCGUCUGUUCGGGCCACGUGGAUGGCAAUCUACGUUUGUGGGAUAUUCAGUCGGGGAAGCUUAUGAGCGAGGUUUCUGCUCAUUCUGCCGCCAUUACGUCGAUUUGUCUUUCGAGAAGUGGGAAUGUGGUUUUGACUAGUGGUAGAGAUAAUAUUCAUAAUUUGUUUGAUAUGCGAUCUCUCGAGGUUUGUGGGACGUUGAGAUCGAAUGGGGGGAAUAAAUUGGCGUCGAAUUGGAGUAGGUCUUGCAUUAGUCCCGACGAUAAUUAUGUGGCUUCGGGAUCGGCUGAUGGGACGGUUUGCGUUUGGUCGGUUUUGAAAGGGGCUGUAGUGAGUAGUUUGAAGGAUCAUGGUUCAGCUGUUUUGUGUUGUUCUUGGAGUGGGGUUGGAAAGCCUCUUGCUUCUGCAGACAAGAGUGGGAAUGUUUGUAUAUGGACAUGAUGAUUGAUAGUUGGCUAAAUCUUUAUUUAUUUUUUUUGGUAUAAAUUGUACAGCCUCUAGUGUGAAGUAUAAACAGUUUGAUUAAUUAUUAAAUUAU